GGGCCGGGUUAUAAGCUAGUAAUAAAGAGAGGACGUUACCGAUAUAGUAGAGAGAAUCGGGACUCUCUAUUAGCAGUUGGAAUUCAGCCAUCAGUGUGAAAUUAACACAUGCAGAGAAAAAAGGCCAAAAUUAAAAGUUUCGGGAGGCUUUUUGUUGGGCCCUUUACGCUUGCGUUGUAGGAAUUUGUUUAAAGGGGGCAAAGGCCAACUCGAUGGGCUUUUUCUUGGGCCUUUACGCUUGCAUUGUAGGGGUGCGGGCGCCAGACUUCUCAUUUUUAUUAUGGGUAUGCGGCCACUUCAUUGAAAUCAUAGGGCUACACAAAAGGAGCCAAAAUGCUAAUGGGCCCGACCAGGUUAGCAGCCCUCAGAUAAUCAUCAUAAUUUCAUAAAUUUAAUACUUAGCUCGUUUCCGAUAAUACUCAUGGGAGGAUUAUUAACUCACGUAAGUUUCAUAAUGACGUACCAGUAGAUCAAGUUUUCAUUUUAUAAUUAACGAUACUAGUAACGAACCGAUACCAUAAAAUUUUCAAUUUCUAUAAUUUCAAAAGUCUCGAGAUAUGUUUUUAGACAAAUUACCAAUAAAUUCGAGAGAAUGUAGUAUGAUGGAAGCAACUCAUUGAGAGCAUCAAUGGUGACCAAAACACAUCAUUCUCUACCCCACGAAAUUGACCAUUGAAUAAGAUGGUAUCUUUUGACUAAAAACACACAAAAUUGAAAAAGUUAAAUAUUUAAUUUUGUGUAAUGCUUGUUGUGUUUUUCAAGUUCUGCAGAAAAAAGAAGGGGGAACAGAAUUACAAAAGGUCUAUAUGGUAGUUGGCUAUCAUUUGAGAGACAAUACUAUAGCCCACACCCAUGCUUGCUAUAAUGCAAUGGGAAGUAGGACCAAACCUCACUUUCAGAUUUGGCUUUCAUUAAUUGGCUUUAUCUACCUACCUACUAAUUAUGUGAUAGAUGUAUGUUUAGGGUGCAAGUACUUUGUCUUCUUGUUUCAACAUACCAACUAAAUCCGAUCAAAUCGAUAAAAAAGAUAUGAUGUUAAUUCUAGUUUUGCUUUUCAAUGUUUUUCAGUGGAGAACAUUUGUGAAGAGUCGGAGAAGAAUGCUAAUUUGUAUUUUGGUGGUAGAUAGGUCAUGGUAAAAUGCAUGAUCUAGGUAACACAUGUUUAUUACUUAAUUGUGAAUGUUGUGAUUGAGUGAUUAUGGUACAUAUGAAACAUGAGACAGAAAUGCACUAGAGCAUUUUUUUUAAAAAUCGUUUGCAAAUUGCAACCCACAUACACCCAGCGACGAAUGCAGAACACAGAAGAGCACUGAGCCUCAUUUUAUUAGAAAAUUAGAAUCAUAAAAAAAUUUAAUGAUUAUAGUUUUUUUACAAUGUAAAUUAUACACGACGGUAUCUUAAUUUAGCAAAUGCAUCAAUAAUGUAGUCCACCUCCAUACCAAUAGUAUACACUGUUCCAAAUAAAAUACUUGAGCAAUUGGCAAAAAAUUCAUCGCUCAUUUAUUGUGCAAAUAAGUUUUACAUGUUUCUUUGUUCAAAAGGUUCUAUCCGUAGUAGUUGUUGAAACAAGCAGCGUCAACACUAGACAAAUCAAUAUCAAUUUGCAUUAUGUGUUCAUCCCUAUACCACCAGUUGUCUAGUAAAUUUUCAAGGUAACAAACCUCAUAUUUCUUUUAGCCUAUUAUGCUUUAGAAUUUUAGAUUUCAUUAUUUUUUUAGACGAAAAAUCUUUGGGGCUAGAAUUUCUCUAGGCUAAAUUUAGAGUAGUAAUAUGUUUAUCUAAAUCAAUUUGCUAAUUAUAUCCAAUUUUAUUAUAAAAUAGCAUUGGGCCGAAUACCUAAAUCAAAAAAUUCAUAAGGCCUAUACUAACUAUGGAUCCAGAGUAGGGCUGAGCCGGGGCCCGGGGUGGCCACCCCCUGGAUCCGCCACUGCAUACACCAAAAUCCUCUAAUCCGUAAUUACAUGACUUAGUGAACAUAAACACAAUUUUUAUGCCUAUAUACGUAUAGUCAAAUUAUGCAACCUGGGAAAAAAAUUUGUCACAUGAAAUUUAAUAUGCCACCUACCUACUAUUAUAGGAUCUCAAGUCAGUAUUUUUACCACAAGUAAAGGCUACUUUCGAAAUCACAUGAAGAAUUGUCUAAACAAAGUAAAAAAGAGAAACCCUACUGACCGACCAAAGAGAUCAUGGAAUGGAAGGACGUACAUUCUUGACAACCUAGCUAUUUAGGGCAAAUGGCCAACAGUCUAUGGAGCAUUGGCCACGUGGAGCAACCUGAAUCCAAAUCUUAAUCUACCACUAGUUAUCUAACUUAUCACAAUUGUACGGUUUAAUAAAAUUUCCCAAUCCUAUUAUAUACCUAGCCAAGGUUUCGUGCUACUAGCUAAUAAUGCUUUGUUUGGACUAUACAAGGAAGAAAGAUGAGUGAUUUUAUCCUAACUUUUGGUGUAUAUGAUGUUUUGGACUUGCUUUGACUAGACAAAACAAAAGCAAAUAAGAUAGAGUGAAAGUUGUAUUCAUAGAAAUUCUUUCACAAGCGAUUUUAACUUAUUUAACAUAUUUUUUCAGUUAUGUUUGUUUGGUUAUCAUGUAUCAUUCUCUUCAGUCUCGUAAAUGGAUGACUGAGAAAAUAAUUCAAUUCAGGAUUUCUAACAUAUAUGAAUGAUAUGUUAUGGAAGACCCUUUUUGUUUAUUCAAACUACCGCUUCCAGGCAUCACUAACAUAUUGUCAUCACACUUGAUCCAUUCAACAAAAUUGCUACACUUUUUCGUCUUUGAAAACCAAACAUUCAAAGACAUACACAUUUGUGUUGUGAAAAUAAAUGUUUUACUUUUUGUUAUGAUACUAUAAAGUGAAGAAAGUUCAUAUCAAGUAAACAAUAAUAACUUACUAUAGGAGUCACGAAAGUUGAAAUGAGUAAGUUUCGAUUAAUACUAAAUGACAAAUAAAAAGUUAGGAAAAUUCACUGAAAGAGCCUUUCUCCCUUGUAAGCUUCCAUUUCAUCACGUUCACAAAAUGGUAAAUAGAGCCGGCAUUCCACAUGCAUGCUUUCGGAUAACCCAAUGCCAUGAUUAAACACAAUGCACCAAAUGUUCUUGUUUCUUCCAAUAGCAAUUAAUGACGACGAUAACAAUAUUAUGUCCAAUUAAUUACUGUUUAAUAAUAAUAAAGGGUUAACCCACCAAAGCAGCAUUGUGCAUCCCCUUCACGCGGAAAGGAAUUAAGCAUGUUAUUACUUAUUGUCCAAAAUGAAAUGAUCCAUAUUUCACUGUCCCUUUGCUGGCAUGUCCUUGUCACAAGUUCUAUGUAUCAAACUUCUUGGGGAGUAGUUCAGAAUCAACCAACAUGCAGGAAUGAAAAGGAAUAUGCUGCCUGAUCAAAUCCAAUUUGUUCCCUUUGUUUUCUAGUCGAGGGGCGCACCCUCGCCUCAAAAUAAUAAGGUCAAGAAUAUAUUCAAACAUAUUUUCCGAUGUUGCGUGUCACAUUUCGUAAAAUUGAAUUGUAUUGUUAGAUCUUACAAUACAUUAGUUAUUAUUAUACAUUGUCUAUUGUUAAAAAAAGGGCGAUACAAUCAAAGAAGAAAUAUGGAGGCUAUCAUACUCGUUUUUCUCUUAACCCAUCCAAUUUCUUCUCUUUUUUAUUGGAGCAUAAGUGGGGAGAAGCAUUGAAAAAGAAAUCCCGAAGCACCGAAAUUUAUCACCUUUUCGAGAAUAUUGAAUUUCAUUUGUGUUGAUGAGUCAAUGUGUGUUUAUAUGUACGUUUAUGUCGGUCUUUUGUUCACAUCGUUAACUUUUAUAAUGAAAAUGACUAUAAUUGUCACAAAUAUUUUAUACCCAACUAAAUAUAUUUCUCAUUAUAACAAAAAAGUUAUUAUGUCCAUCACAAGGAUUGAACUUUUAGCUAUGCAGAUGUGUUUUACCUUAUGUUCAGUUAAUGUUUAGGGAUUAUAAUUAUUAUAGCUAUGUAUGAUAUGUAAUUCAGUCAUGGUGAUGCAUGGAAGACUAAUAAAUCUUGUUUCUUCAUCCAGUUCAUAUUUUCUUUGUAGUCUAGUGUAUGAUUAAUUAUUCUUACGUGUAAGUUACAUAACAUUGUGAUUUUUAUGUGCACUCUCAAAUACUUACGAGGCUGAAGUUUGCACAAUUUCAUAUUGUAUCUUGUAUUCAAAUCAAUUGCUAAAAUCGAGGAUUGUGAAGAGCUAGCUACCUAGCCCCGAUUGUGUUUGUUCAAACCUUUAGCCAGCUAGCCUUACAAAGGUUUAUUGUCACCCCGUGAUGAACUCAAACGCAAAGAAAAACCUCUCCAAUCUCCACUGAAUAUUUUUCAUACUAUAUCGAAAUAUUACAAAAUCAUCAUAAUUCAAAAUUGUUCGAAAAAUGAAAAAAUAAACCUUAUAUUAUUUACACAGUUUAAUAUGGGGAGAAACAGAAACGUUGGGCCAGCAUGGAUAUCAAAUCAAACAACGAUCUGCUGAAUUGGGCAAAAAAAGCCUAGGGUUUGUGUCUUUGUGAGUCGUUUCUACUUUCUAGAGUGAAAGCAAAAAAGAAAAGGAAAUAAAAGAGUUGAUAAAUAGUAAUUAGGCCCUCACCUCACCGGCGUGUCGCCCGCACCCCUCGCCACGAUCAAUAUCAUUACUCACGAAUUAAAGCCCCCAUAACCGCCAAUUUGUUCGAUUUUAAUUGGUGUUAUUUUUAAUUAAUUAAUUAGUCAAAUACAUUUUGACGAAUGAAUGAGUAGGUAAUUGUUUUGGCGAAAAGUAGUUGUGAUAGGUCAUGCAUGACUCCUGUUGUACACUUCCUAGCUAGUCAACUCUACCAAUUGGGACAUCUCAAACAUUUCUAAAUCUCUCAUUAUCUCUAAGCUCUACUCUUCUACAAUAAUUUUUGUCAUAGUGUUGGCUUAUGCUGAGCUUAGAGCUACGACACAUGUUUUGUAGUUUUGAUCUGGAUCGUACAUGAAUAGCGGCAGAUCCAGGGGGUCGUAUCCGGACCGCCGCCCAGCCCUCCUCUGUAUCUCGAGCUAGUAUAACACUUGUAAUUUCUGAUUUUUUAUAUCCAUUUCAGUGUUUUUCACGUUAUGGCCCAACCCUCUUUGUUUUUUUUUUCUUCAAAGAUGACCCAGUGGUCUAUCCUAUUUUGGAUCCACCGCUGUACAUGAAUCGAGUUCAACAAGAUGUAUCUAUGAAUAUAGUGAAUAAUAGCUCAUUGACUUCACGUUUUCACUAUUUAUAUGAAUCAUCGAACCCCAUAACAUCUUUUGUGCAAUAUGAAUUUAUGAUAAUCUUAAUGCAUUAUGAUGUGUGUGUUGGCCCCAUGUUUGGAUUUCAUAAUCUCCCAAUAAAUACAAAGAAAACCGAUUUUUUAUUUAUUUUUUAAAGCAAGAUGGUGUCCUUGUGUAACAACUCAGAACACCAGACAAGGCAGAAAAGACCAAAACCGAACCACCUCAUUUUCCCCCUCGUAAACUAAACGAAUGCUGCCGGCCGCUAGGGUCCAGCAAAGCUUCCCUCUCCAAUUUUCUUUUUCACUUAUAAUCGUUACAUUAUUGUAGUAACCCAUACGUGUCUUUGGUUCUUCUCCUCCUCCUGUAUUUUAACUAUGAUCCAGUCUCUGCAUAAGAUUAAGAGUACGUAAUCGUUUAACCCGAGUUAGACAAAUAGCAAAUCAUACCUAGCCCGUCUACGAAACAUCUUUAAUUUGAAGGAUACGGGUAACACUUUUUAAUUUUCAAAUUUUGGAAUGUAAUUGUUAAUACGUCAUUAGAUUAUUUUGAGAUGAAACGAAUGAUAAAAGUUACGAUGAGGUAAAUUCGCAUUUGCAUAUAUAGUCUAUAGUCUAUACUAUAUAAGUAUUAGUAUAUUUCCAAUUUUGAUUUGUAGUAUUUCAACUCUUGCCUCCUGAAGCGGCAAGCAACCAACUCUGCAACCUACUUCAUCCCUCAAACAACAACUAACCUCUCCCUCUUUCUUUUCUUUUCCCCGCGGACUUUUCCUCCUUCCUUCUUCGUUUUUUCUUUUAAUGGUUUUUUUCCCCCUUCUUCCAUUGGCUUCUCGUUUAGCCCCUUCUUCUACUCUACCCCGUCUUUGUCUGUCUUUAUCUAUUCUCCAUAAGCAAGAGAUCUUCCGGGACCUCCCCGUCUCCAAGUAAGGAAUUCUUCUCCCCCUGCAUUUCCACAUUACCGAUACCAGUAUACCACCGCUUUUGAUUCUGUCGGCGGGAGAUUGCUUCCUCUUCUACAAAGUUCCGUGCUUGCUUGUUCAACUCCCCCAACUCUGUUGGUUGAUUGAUUCCCCAGCUAAAACCCUUCUCUGGGUCUGAAACCCUCUGCUAUUUUGCCUACUGGGUUGAGUCCCCUUUUUAUUUCCAGUUAGUGCAGAGAAGGUGAUCGGCGAAAUGCUUGUCUGAGAAAAGGUGGGAGGAGGAGUGUUUGUAUUUUUUCUUCUUCUUUCCUUUCCUCUUUGAUUUGUUUUGUCAGAGAUAGGGGAGCAGGGGAAAUAAAAUGGGGAGGAGGAAGUUGAGGUUUAGCAAGUUGUAUUCUUUCUCGUGCUUUAAAUCACCAGCGACUGAUGAUCAUGCUCAAAUCGGGCGAAAGGGUUACUCCAGGGUGGUUUACUGCAACGACCCUGAUAAUCCAGACUCACUUCAGCUCAAUUACAAGGGGAAUUACGUCUCCACCACCAAAUACACGGCGGCCAACUUUAUUCCCAAGUCGUUGUUUGAGCAGUUUAGGCGGGUCGCCAACUUGUAUUUCCUCGUUGUGGCUUUCGUCUCCUUCAGUCCACUGGCUCCUUACAAGGCUGUCACUGUUCUUGCGCCUCUGCUUAUGGUGAUUGGAGUUACCAUGGUCAAGGAAGCCGUUGAAGAUUGGCGGAGAAGGAAACAGGAUGUAGAAGCUAACAAUAGGAAGGUGAAAGUGUUUGGAAAGAGUUAUACAUUUACAGAAACUAGAUGGAAGCAUCUCAAAGUUGGGGAUGUGGUUCAAGUUGAUAAGGAUGAGUAUUUUCCUGCUGAUCUUCUUCUGCUUUCUUCAUCCUAUGAAGAUGGAGUAUGUUAUGUGGAGACGAUGAAUCUCGAUGGAGAGACUAACUUAAAAUUGAAGCAUGCUCUGGAAGUCACGGCCUCUCUACGUGACGAAGAAUCUUUGAAGCGAUUCAAGGCCAUGAUCAAAUGUGAAGACCCGAAUGAAAAUCUCUACUCUUUCAUCGGGACAUUGCAUUACAACGGGAGUCAGUAUCCGCUCUCGCCGCAGCAGAUUCUCUUGAGAGAUUCGAAGCUCAAGAAUACUGACUAUAUCUAUGGUGUUGUGAUUUUUACUGGCCAUGACACUAAAGUGAUGCAGAAUUCCGUGGAUCCUCCUUCAAAGAGGAGCAAAAUCGAGAGGAGAAUGGACAAGAUUAUUUAUAUCCUUUUCAGCACGCUAAUCGCUAUAUCUGGUGUUGGUUCUGUGAUUUUUGGGAUUGAGACCAGGAGAGAUUAUGAAGAUGGGAAGUAUAGACGGUGGUAUCUUCGACCAGAUCAUACUACUUCGCUCUAUGAUCCUCAAAGGGCACCACUUGCUGCUUUCUUACAUUUCUUGACAGGACUCAUGUUGUAUGGGUACUUGAUACCAAUAUCGUUAUAUGUGUCGAUUGAGAUAGUGAAGGUCUUGCAGAGUGUUUUUAUCAAUCGAGAUCAAGAAAUGUAUGACGAAGAAUCGGACAGGCCAGCACGUGCUAGAACGUCUAAUUUGAAUGAAGAACUUGGUCAGGUUGAUACUGUGCUCUCUGACAAGACCGGUACUUUGACAUGUAACUCAAUGGAGUUUGUGAAAUGCUCGAUAGCUGGGAAUGCCUAUGGUCGGGGUAUGACAGAAGUAGAAAGAGCUCUCUUGCAAAGGAAAAGUGGGAAGCCAGUAGUAGAAGCUGAUGAUUCAUGUAAUGAUUCGAAUGACUUGGGAAAGUCAGUGAAGGGGUUUAACUUCAGAGAUGAACGCUUAAUGAAUGGGUGUUGGAUUCACGAACAAGAUUCUGACAGGAUACGGAUGUUCUUUCGAGCAUUGGCACUUUGCAACACGGCAGUUCCGGAGGAAGACAAAGAGUCACAUGGUGUUUUUUAUGAAGCUGAAUCACCAGAUGAAGCGGCAUUUGUUGUAGCUGCUAGGGAGAUGGGGUUUGAGUUGUAUGAAAGGACACAAAUGACCAUAUCACUGCAUGAGUUGGAUCCCGGGUCUGGUAGACGUGUUGAUAGAGUAUACAAGCUUCUUAAUGUUUUGGAAUUCAGCAGCUCACGGAAAAGAAUGUCUGUGGUUGUAAGGAGUAUGGAAAAUCAGCUCUUACUCCUAUCCAAGGGCGCAGACAGUGUAAUGUUUGAGAGGCUCUCGGAACAUGGGCGAGCUUUUGAAGCCGAGACCAAGGAGCACAUAAAAAGAUAUGCUGAGGCAGGUCUCCGAACCCUGGUAGUUGCAUAUCGUGUGCUUGAUGAAACUGAGUAUUGUAAUUGGGAAGCAGAAUUCACAAAAGCGAAAACAUCAGAAACUGCAGACCGUGAUGUGUUGGUGGAUGAACUCGCUGAUAAGAUUGAAAAUGGUUUAGUUCUGCUUGGUGCAACAGCUGUUGAGGACAAAUUGCAGAAAGGGGUUCCAGAGUGCAUUAACAAACUUUCACAGGCAGGGAUUAAUAUAUGGGUCCUAACUGGUGAUAAGAUGGAAACCGCGAUAAAUAUUGGUUAUGCUUGUAGUUUACUUAGACAAGGGAUGAAACAGAUCACCAUCACAUUAGACUUGCCAGAUAUUGAUGCAUUGGAGAAACGAGGGGACAAAGAGGGUGCUUCUAAGGCUUCUCUUGAAAGUGUAUCGAAGCAAAUCAACGAGGGAAAAUUCCAAAUGACUUCUGCUAAAGCAAGUUCAACGGAACUGAGUUUGGUUAUUGAUGGAAAGUCUUUGGGCUAUGCCCUCGACAAGAAGCUGGAGAUGUCCUUUUUGGAGCUUGCCCUCAGUUGCGCUUCUGUCAUAUGUUGUCGGUCUACUCCUAAACAUAAGGCUCUUGUCACAAGAUUGGUUAAAACAAGAACAGGUAAAAUGACGUUAGCUAUAGGCGAUGGGGCAAAUGAUGUCGGCAUGCUCCAGGAAGCUGACAUUGGAGUCGGCAUAAGUGGUGCUGAAGGAAUGCAGGCUGUGAUGGCAAGUGAUUAUGCAAUAGCACAGUUCCGUUUUCUUGAACGUUUGUUGCUAGUUCAUGGUCAUUGGUGCUACAGGAGAAUAGCCAUGAUGAUCUGUUACUUCUUCUACAAGAACAUUGCAUUCGGGUUUACAUUGUUCUGGUACGAGGCGUAUACAUCUUUCUCUGGCCAGCCUGCCUACAACGAUUGGUACAUGUCAUUCUACAAUGUGUUCUUCACUUCACUUCCGGUAAUCGCUCUUGGAGUUUUCGACCAGGAUGUCUCAGCCAGGCUCUGCCUUAAGUAUCCAGUACUAUACCAAGAAGGCGUCCAGAACAUCCUCUUCCGUUGGUCCCGAAUCCUUGGCUGGAUGUGCAACGGAGUCCUAACCUCCAUAAUCAUAUUCAUCUUCACCACAAACUCCAUGAUCAAGCAGGCACUCCGUGAAGACGGGCAAGUGACCGACUACGCAAUCCUCGGUGCAACGAUGUACACGUGCGUGGUAUGGGCCGUGAACUGCCAGAUGGCGCUCUCGAUCAACUACUUCACCUGGAUCCAACACUUCUUCAUCUGGGGGAGCAUAGGCUUUUGGUACAUAUUCCUCAUUAUGUAUGGCUACGUCUCCCCAACCCUCUCCUCGACGGCUUAUAUGGUCCUCGUGGAGGCUUGCGUCCCAAGUCCUCUCUACUGGCUAGUCACGGUGCUUGUCGUGGUGUCAGCCCUGGUGCCUUGCUUUGCGUACAGGGCGUUCCAGUCCAGGUUCCGUCCCAUGUACCACGACAUCAUACAGAUACGGCGAGCUGAAGGGUCGGAGGAGAUCGAGUCAGGUUCUUCUGUUUCGGGGGAGUUGCCUAGAGAUGUGAAGUUGAGAGUGCAGCAUUUGACAGAGGGGUUGAUAACUAGGAAGUCGUAGAUUUUGGUGGAAUCCAUUCCCAGUUGUUGUUUUAGAAUUCUUUUGUCUGUUUGUUAAAGUUUUUUCUACAGGUUUACACAGAGAGUAGUUAGGUUCGCUAAAGUUUCAACCUUUAGUUGAAUUCGUGGAUUAACAUUAGGGGGGAAGGGAAGAGAGUAGAUUGUAAGUGUGCAUGUGUGAGAGGAGUGGCAGGUUAUUGUGUUAUCCUCUGCAGCUUGUAGAUAUGCGAGAGUGAGAGUUGUAAAGUUUCUAUCUGUAUAUACGUCCAAUUCAGGUUUUACUUGGGUUAUAAGUUAUAACAUUGGCGCAUCUCAAUUGUGAAAUAUAGCAGUUUGGUAAUUUGAAAGAAAUUGAAUGGCAGGUUCAUGAUUUGAAUAAAUUACCGAAAUGAAAAACAAUUACCGAACUCAAACCCUAGCCUUUGCCGCCGUCGCCCCUCCAACUCCAUUCUCGCCGGUCAGCUGUUCCCUUUCUUCUAUAUUUGUUGUUCUUUCUCGUCUCUGUGUCUCUGUCACGGCGAGGGGAGACUUGCUCUCCCAUCUUUUCCGUCGGGAAAUGUGGACUCUACUAAGCUUGCGUUGCCGCUUUGGAGUAGGCAUCGAUCAAUGCGCUCCCAGGCCGCUGUGGGUACUCGGCUGAAGCUCCGUAACAGUGUUGCCAAAUUCGUCGCAGAGGGAGCCAAGACAUUGACGACGAUCCUAGUUCUGGGCAAGAAUGGAGUUUGGCAAAUCUCUCCUCAAUCAUCAAUGCCCUUAUCUUGAAGGAGGUGCUAUGUUUUUCUAGAGCAAAUCUUCUCUCUGUCGAGUGUCGAUCACUUGGAUGACGAAUCAAACAGAGUUGAUGUUGAUGAUGGUGAAGAUGAUUCGGAUAAGCAGAUAAUUAGCGCCACAUUUCAGAUGGGUUCGGAGAAGAAAGAAAUGGCGCAAGAGCUUGCUUGUUUGUUCUCACUAAAGCCCGCGCAAUUCGUCCCUCGUCCAGAUGAUGGACUGAGUUUUCUGUACUCCAAAGUCCAAACUCCUCUUUCUCGACGUAGGCUUGGCCCGAAGGUUCUGGUUUGAUUACUUGGCUGAUUAUGAUGGGCCGAACGUGGGAUUUGGACCACAAAAUAUCAAAGCCCAACGGGUAAUCUAGGAGUAGGAGACCAAUGGACUGGAUGUUGACUGGUGGUGGCACCGCUAACGGCUUGGCCUGGCCAUAGGCCUAUCCAUCCAUCUCUUAUACGGUCGUCUUGACCAGCGGCGGAUCCAGAACAUAGAGCACUGGACUGCAUUUGAAUAUAAUAUUAGAUGCCGUAAACAAAAAUAGUCAACAUUCUAAAAUUUAAGUAUUUCAAAUAAGAAAUUAGUUACAAAAUUACCAACGGUAACAGACAAAUGAUGAUAUUUUGAUGCAUUACAAAAGAUCUAGCUAAUAUUUUAUAUUUCGAAAGGUUUGGCUAAUAAUUUGGAAAGUCUGAAAGGUUUGGUUAAUAAAUUGUGUUUCAUUAAUGCCAAUUGUAAUUGAAGGUUUUUUAAUUUGGCAAAUCCCAUCAUUAAUAUAAUCUCCAUCCAUAUCAAUAGUAUACUCUCUCUCAAAUAAAAUAACUAUGCAAUCAAUGAAAAAUUCAUCGCUCAUUUUGUUGCGCAAAUUAGUUUUCACAUAUUUCAUUACUUAAAAUGUUCUCUCCAUGGUAGCCGCUAUAAACGGGCAAGGUCAAC